AAUAAUCGUUUGCGCAUAAAAUUAAUAUACGUAGACGACGUGAAAAUCUUAUGAAAUUCACUGGAAUUGUUGCAGAAAAAUAUGUGAAUGAUGAAAUUGUAACGAAUCGGACAUUGCAAUCGUAACGAAUCGGAGAGCCCCUCGUUUACAAAAAAUAAUUGAAAAGGGAAAGCUCUCGUAAGCAUCUAUUUUUUAAUAAGGAGAAGUGCAUCCCAAGCACGAAUCUUAAUCACUUGCUUGUCCUUAAAGCAAAGUAAUGAACGUCUCUCUCCACAUAACCUUUUGUUCCCCCCCCAAUUGCUGAGACUCCACACGUUUUCCUUUGUCACCGUCCAUUCUCAAUCUCUCGUUUUCCAGGUUUACACAAAAUAUGGCUGAUCUGAUCCUCGGUAGCGUCGUGGAUUCCAUCACCGGACAUCUUGUGUCCCUCAUCUCCCAGGAGAUCGGACUGGCAUGUGGUGUCAAAAGUGAGCUCAAGAAACUUCACACUACUGUCUCGAUCAUCGGUGGUGUGCUUCGUGAGGUUGAUAAGAGACGAAUCGAGGCUGAGGACGUGAAGGAAUGGCUCAAGAAGCUGAAAGAGUCGUUUUAUGAUGCUGAUGACCUUCUUGCUGACUUCUCCACGGAAGCCCUGCGUCGCGGGACAGUGACAGGAAUAGGUAAGCGGGGCCUGAAUGAGGUUCGUAUCUUCUUCUCCUCUUCUAAUCAGCUCGUCUGUGCCAUUAAAAUGGCUCAUCGAGUCAGGGAUAUUAGGGAGAGGAUCGACGUCAUUAAGAGUGAUAGGGCCUAUAUUCUGCUGGAGGGAAACAAUAUUCCUACUCUGGGGAGUUUGGUGGAGAAUCGAGUUAGGCCGGAAACUUAUCCAUACGAGCAUGAAACAUAUGUGGUUGGAAGAGAAAAAGACAAAAAAGAAAUUAUUGAGUUCUUAUAUAAUCUUAAUUUUGAGGAGAAUGUGUCCAUCCUGCCAAUAGUAGGUCUUGGAGGCCUUGGGAAAACGACGUUAGUAAGACUUGUAUUCAAUGACGAAUGCGUGAAGGAAUCUUUCGCGCUGAAGCUUUGGGUUUGUGUGUCAACAAACUUUCAUGUUGAGGAUAUUCUGGGGAAGGUCUUACGAGAAUGCACCCCGAACAGGGAACUAACUGCAAAUCCCAACAUGAAAAAGUUGGGAGAAACACUGGGAGAAGAGCUCGGCGGAAAGAAGUUUUUGCUCGUUUUAGAUGAUGUGUGGAAUGAGGACAGGUCCAAGUGGUUGGAACUACAAGGGUUUCUUAUGAACGGUGCAAAAGGAAGUAAGAUAUUGGUGACUACUCGCACUCACCGUGUGGCCAAAACUAUGGCUCUAACAUAUCAUGAAUUGAGGGGCUUAUCUGAGAAUGAAUCGCUCUCUCUGCUAAUGCGAAUGGCAAUGAAGCAAGAACACGAGUGGAAAAAUCAAAAUUUAGAAAUGAUCGCUAAAGAAAUUUUGAAGAAAUGUGCUGGAGUUCCCCUUGCAAUUAAGACGAUUGGGCGUCUACUAUUGUUCUCUAGAAAUACGGAGGAAGACUGGUCGAACUUCAAGAAAAAUGAUAUAUCGAGAAUAAGUCAGGAGGAAGGUGACAUCAUGCCAACGCUUAAGCUGAGCUACGAUUUUCUGCCAUCGCAUUUGAAACAGUGCUUCGCUUAUUGCAGCCUGUUUCCAAAAGAUUUUGAGCUAGAACCACGUGAGCUCGUUCAUCUUUGGAUGGCUCAGGGGUUUAUCAAACUUCAAGGCAGUAAGAAAACACUCGAGGAAGUCGGUCAAGAUUAUUUCAUGGAGCUGCUUUCGAGAUCCUUUUUCCAGGAUAUAAAAGAAGAUAUGUAUGGGAACAUUGUAAGAUGCAAAAUGCAUGAUUUGAUGCAUGACCUUGCACAGUACGUGGUGGGAGAUGACUGCAUCACCGUUGAUAGCUCACAUGUGAAAACGUUCCCAGAGGGAGCUCGUCAUGUAUCUAUACUUGCUACAGAAGAUUACGAGUGGAAUGGAUUUGAGAGAGACAGAAGAGUAAGGUCCUUGCUUCUUAUGGCGCCUGAACCGGGAGUUGUUUAUGAGGUUUUUCCACGUUCUACAGCUGUUAUGGAUUGGAGGAUUGAGAUUGGUCAUUUGGAUGUUUCAUGUUUUAGUAAUCUACGAGCACUACACAUUCGUCAUGUCAGCAUAAAGGUGAUAUCCAGUUCCAUCGGUAAACUGAAGUAUCUGCGGAGUCUUGAUCUCUUGUGGAAUGAUAUAAGUUAUCUGCCAGAUUCAAUAAGCAGGCUGUGCAAUUUGGUGGCGCUUAAUCUUAGAGGAUGUGAGUCUCUAGAGAGAUUACCCGAAGGCAUCACGAAGUUGAUCAAUUUAAGGCAGCUUGAUGUGAGUGGAUGUAGUAAGUUGACACAUAUGCCCAGGGGGAUUGGGAAGUUGACUAGGCUGCAAAUGUUAGGUGAAUUCGUGGUGGGAGAGAAAGGGAACUCAGACGCUGCAAGGUUGAACGAGUUGAGCAAACUUACCGGAUUGGGGAAUGCAUUGACUAUUCAACAUUUGGAAAGAGUCGGAAGUAGUAUUUCGAGCGAGGUCGAUGCUUCCUUCUCGAUACAGAAGUUAGCUCUUCAAUGGAUGGGACUAGUUUGGGAUUAUCGGGAGUCGGCCAAUGCAGAAGCGGUUUUAGAGAGACUGCGACCCCAUCCAGAUCUUAAGGGAUUGAGGAUAGCAAGAUACAGCGGUGCGAGGCUUUCGUCCUGGGUUUCUCAACUGCAUAAACUAGUCAGUAUUGAGAUUUCCAAUUGUGAUCAGUGCACGCAUCUACCACCUCUAGAUCAUCUCCCUUCCCUCAAAAGAAUCUCCUUGCGGCAUUUGGGCAAGUUGGAGUGGAUAGAGUUGUUGGAGAGUUGUGCUACGCCGCAUUCUACUUCCUUUCCAUCAUUGGAAGAAAUACAGCUGGAGUUUCUGAAGGAAUUCAAGGGAUGGGAGAGGGGGAGGAUGAAGAGGGUAAAUAUAAUGACUGAACAAGAAGAAGAGGAACAGGGAGAGGAUGAUUUAUUUAUGCUCCCCAGGUUCUCUGACAAGGUCAAGUUCUCCUUAACUAACUGCCCGAGAUUCUCUUGCAUGCAUGGUCGACAUCUACAACUCUUGAAGGAUGUCACUGUACGCCCAAAUCCAUGGACAGUGACGUUGUCUCGCUCCGUAUCUUCUAUUUAUCUCUCUGCAGUGACGUCACUCACCAUUUACAAAAUGGAGGAUGUUGAGCACUUGCCAGUGGAGUUGUUUCGGUCCCUCCCAUCUCUCGCGUCUCUCGUAAUCAGUGAGUGCCAUCACCUGAAAUCUCUCUCUGGGAGGGCGAUCCACCAAUACCUACCCGCCCUUGAGUCUCUGGAAAUUUCUUAUUGCGAAGAGCUCGAUUUAUCAAUGGAAAUCGAUGACAAUGAUGAUUGUGGUGGUGGUGGUGAAGGCAUUAUCCAUCUGCAACAGCAGCGGCAGGUCCAUCGUAAGCUUCGCCGUAUUACAAUCUCACAUGUUCAUAAGACGGAGUCUUUGCCUUGGUGGUUCCAACACCUCUCCAACCUGGAAUAUUUAAGCAUCAAGUAUUGCAAAGGCUUGAAGUUCCUGCUGCCUGGAAGACUGAUACUUUCGCUUCUCACCACCCUCGAAUCGUUGGAGCUAAUGUACUGCCCAGAGCUUGACUUAUCGACAGGGCAGUCGGAAGAUCAAGAAGAUAUGCUGCCCGAUUUACAAUUCGACAGACCAGCUAAGCUCCAAAAGUUGAGAUUUCGGUGCAUAGAAAAAAUGGAGACCCUCCCGUGGUGGAUUCAGCACCUCACUAACCUUGAAAGUUUAAGUAUCAUUGGUUGCAGAAAACUGAAGGCUUUACCUGAGUGGUUUCCCCAGCUCACCUCACUCAGAAGUCUUACAGUUGAAGCAUUUCUUAUUCUCAUUAAUUUUCGCAUUCUUAUCAAUCAUUGUAUCAAAAAAUAAAAAUCAGCAUUUCCAGGUACAACUUCUUGUUCUUCUGUUGCCGUCUCUAACUUCUUUUGAUCAAGUUUCCCCGUUGGAUGGUGUUCACAUGGUCAUUACAAAGAAAUAAUCUUUUAUAUAUGCCCCUUUAUUUGCAGGUACACUUUUUUUUUCUUUUUAAAUUAUCGAAAAAAAAAGAUACACUUUUUUGUUGGCUGUAAAAUUUAGCCUUUCCAACAUCGGCCAACCACUCAGUUAUCGUUUGUUGAUUCAGUAUCUUUUGGAACCUUGGAGAUCCUGCUGUUUUCAAUUCUGAUUCUUUAUCCAAGCUCCAACUCAAGUAACUCGACUAGCUGAAGAAACAAAGAAAACCCCUUUCAUUCCCAACUCUCAAAGAUCUUAACACCUGCAUUCCCCUCUCUAAUCUAAACCCUUUUGUAGUUGUUAUGUAUUAUUAGUGCUCGACAUCUCUAUGUCUUGACGAACAGACAUAAAUACCUUCCAACUCAUCAUAUGCCACUCUACUUCAAUACCUCUGCCUCGUUUCCCGUCCUUGUUAGAUGUUGACAUUUGCUGAUUCAUACAAGUGUCGUCGGGAUUCUUCAAAAGCAAUGCAAUGCUUUCAUCUUUAUAUUUUAAAUUUUUGUUGUUUAAACAGGAUCCAUACAUGAGAGGUCUUCAGAUGGAACGAAUGGCACGAAGAUUACGCUGGCAUGCAUGAGUUCAAGGGAGAGGAAGAUGGAAAGGAGCAGGUCGGGGGUUGAGAAUACGAACAAGGAGGGAAGUGCGACAGAGAAGACUGAUAGUAGAUUGAGAUAGGGAAAUCGGAAUCCACCAGGAAGAGGGUCCUCAAUUAAUUAAUCUCGAUCGAUAAGAUAUGUGGGAUGCGUCAGAUCAAGUUGGCCUGGCGGGCUCAGUGUGGGUCUCGUUUUAGAUGUGCCAGUAACUGCUCUAUCAUCCUUCCUUGAAAGGAGACAACCAUUCCGAGUUGUCAGAAGCAGAACCCUGAUGAAUUCAUAAUAUUUAUAAGAGGCUUCAAAGUAACUUUGAAAAACAGCACUAGCAAGGCUUCUGGUGUCUCCGCUUUCAUUGUUUCAAUGAAACAAGUCCGUGCGCCCUUCACAAAUACUUCGCUCUUUCUGGAAAUGAGCACAUUAUCAAGGCACACGUAACAAGUGCACAACUGUUCCGAGUUGCUGAAGUCUCCAGCAUGUCGAUGAAAGUAACAAGACAAGCUCUUACCUUAAAUGCCUCCACAAACUCACCCAACUUGUCAGAAUCUGAUCAAAGCAGGGGUUCCAAUAAUUUUUGUGACUUCAGAAAUUGUUCAGUUCUCUGAUCCUGACCAUUCACCCGUGCCAUAUCGUAUAUUGGUACAGCUUCUUCUUUUGUUGCCGCCCAUGAUUCUUUGGAAUCGAAUUAUCCUCCUUCAAGUAUGACCAUGUGGUCAGCAUGCUGAAAGUAAUUAUGUGAUUUUUUUAAUUAUUUUUUUUCCCUUUAUGUUCUAAUUAAUAGACGGAAAAGCUUGGUCACUUGUUUGGUGGCUGGAGCUCUUCAUUGGGACAAAAUACUGUAAUUCCCCAAACCACGUCCUUCAGAAGUGACUUUAUCUUUGUAACUUGUUUGGUGGCUGCUAGAGUUGUUUGUCCCUCAUUGCUCCUUGUCAACCGCUCCAGUUCUGAAGCACCAGCUGAGAUGCUUUGAGAUUCCACGUUUGUGUCACGACCCGGAAAUGCUUUGAGAAUCCAGUUCUGAAGGAGCCAGUGAUGAAAUGAACUGAAGGGCCUCCUCCUCUUCCUCCUGCUUCCAGUAUUUAACUCAACCUCUUAAACUGCUGAGCUGCUGAGCAAUCUCGACUGUUGAGGAUCUAUACAGGAGUGGAGUGUUGAUGUAAUGAAUGGCAGCAGCUGCAACAUCGGUUCCGGAAGCAGUCCACGUCCAUGCACCUGUGACAUGAAUAUCUUAUCUCUAGAGAGAUAAUUGUGUGUAGUAGGGGAUGUUAGGGCAGAUUAAAUAAGUUACUAAAUUACUGUCUUACUUCAAUAUGGAUAUAGGUUAAUGAUGAUAUAAGAACUACGUGGGCUCUGAUUCUCGAUAUGAGAUACGUAGGCACUCCAUAGAUGUGGAGUUCGAGUCCAUCCAUCCAUUCUAUCAGUUUUAUUGUUUAAAUGAGAUAAGGUAAGUCAUACCCUUAUUCGAGUCAGCUUAUCGUUUGCAUAUUUUCCUGAUUUAUGUAGUUACAAGGGUUAGGGAUUUAGGACACCGAAAUCUUGCACCCUAAAGGCUUGACUUGUGACAUUACUCACCAUAGAUAGUAUGGAGGAUGAAGAGCACUUGCCAGUGGAGUUGUUCGGUUCCCUCCCAUCUCUCGUGUCUCUCAUAAUCCGUGAGUGCCAUCGCCUGAAAGAUCUCUGUGGGAGGGCGAUCCUCCGGUACCUACCCGCCCUUGAGUCGCUGGAAAUUUCUUAUUGCGAAGAGCUUGAUCUAUCAAUCGAGGAUGACGACAAUGAUGGUGAUGAUGAACGCAAGCACGGUCUGCAGCAGCAGGGCCAUUGCAAACUUCGACAUCUUAUGAUCAUAGGAAUUGAGAAGAUGGAGGCUUUGCCUGGGUGGCUCCAGUACCUCUCUAACCUCAAAUAUUUAGGGAUUUCGCAUUGUCACGGCUUGAAGUCUCUGCUGCCUGGAAGACUGAUUCUUCCACUUCUCUCCACCCUCGAACGGUGGGAGCAAAGGUCCUGUCCAGAGCUUGACUGUGAGACCCGGUAUUUACAUACACAUAUACUUACAUAUCUAUAUAUAUAUUUGGCCGGAGAAUUUAAAAGAAGAAAAAAAAAAAAGAGAAAGGUAGCUAGGGCCCACGUGGCUUUCAUUUCCCCUAGCAUUCUUGUUUCUUCCACCACCAUUGACUUUUUUUUUUUCUUUUCUUUCUUGCUCUGUUUUGAGCGAGAGAAAUCGAAGAAGAAACAGAGAAGAACAGGGGAGAGAGAGAGAGAGAAGAGAGCUGCCAUUGACGACAUUCUCAAGCUUCGUCCGGCUCAUCUGUGCUUCUCCUUUUCUAUCUCAUGAGCUUCUAAUUGAUUCCCUAGCUUUUGACCAUUGCCAACUUGAUGUUCCUCUUGCUUGUUCUUGCUGGUUUGGCUCCGUUCUAAUGUCAAGGAGUGAUCAGGAGCCGAAGAGACUGAAACUUUGUGUCCUAAAAGAUCGACUUCAUUAAAUAAUUUGGAUGAGCUAAGAGUUAGACUAGCAGCAUAAGAGAAUUUUUUUUGGACGUCGGGAUCAGCUCGGAGGACUAGAAUUCAAGAAGAAACAAAGGGUGAGAGAGACAAGAGGCAGAGAGUUUGAGAGCUCGAGAUGGAGCUCACGGAUGAGGGGUGAAUAUAAUCGAGCUGGGAAGUGGUUAUAAGAGCUGAAACAGUGAUGUGACUGCAGAGGUGAAAUUCUGCAGAAACAGUUAAGUGAAAGGGUGCUUCGGGAGUCGAUUGAAAGAUGAGCUAAGAGUUAGACUAGCAGCACAAGAGAAUUUUUUUGGACGUCGGGGAUCAGCUCGGAGGACUAGGGGAGUCGGAAGAUCAAGAAGACAUGCCGCCCAAUUUACAAUUCGAUGGACCAGCUAGACUCGGAGACUUGGACUCUGGGAUAUCAAAAGAAUGGAGACCCUCCCGUGGUGGAUUCAGCGCCCUUACUAACCUUGAACGUUUAAUAAUCAAAGGCUGCAGCAAUUUGAAGGCUUUGCCUGAUUGGUUUCCUCAGCUCACCUCACUCAAAAUUCUUCUAGUUUUAGGUUGUGGGGAAGAGCUGAGAUUUCUCACAUCCAGCUUGUACAAAUAUAUUGAAGUGGCAUCAAUCUCACUGCCUCCACAGAAAAACUGUCACUUGUUCGGUGGCUGGAGAGAGAGCUGUUCGUGGGGACAAAAUAAAGUGUAACCUCCCAUUCCAGAAAUACAUACGUCGUUCUUUUUUAAUGGAUCUCGUUCUGAAGGCACCGGCGCACCCAACCCAUUAGGUCUCCCCUGACCAUAUACCCACCAACGCCAUGCCUUCAUGUAAUAAAAUUUAAGAAAUGAAUGGAUGCUCAACCAAAAAGCGACUAGCACUGCAUGGAGCCACUAUUACACUACAGGAAGGUUCAUAGAGGAUUGAACGUCUUACGAAAAUGGAUUGUUGUAGGAUCCAUGGCAGGUUCGUUAAAUUAAUCCCUUACUUUCAAUUUGGGAUGCUUUAGAGAGAUCGAUGGAGCCUUGCUUGGUGGGCUCUGUCUGGGGGUGAGUUAAGGAGCUUUUUUCCUACUUAACCUUCUCAUUGCAGGUUCUUGCAAAAUUUAGCCUUUCUGACGUUGCCUAAUCACUCAGUGUAUCUUGUUGAUUCAGUAUCUUUUGGAACCUUCGAGAUCCUACCAAAAAAACUCGCUGCCAGUCUCUUCCCUACUCUGCCAGUCCUACUGAUCUCGAAAUAAACAAAACCCUCUUCAGUUCCCAACUUUUCUCAAAGAUGCUAACGCCUGCCCUCCCCAAUACCACAAAACCAUGUGAACCCGUUAAGGAUUGCCCAAUACUCCUGUCUUCCUCUAUUUCUAAUCUAAACCAUUUUGUUGUUGUCAUGUAUUAUUGCACCACAUCUGUCUCGACGAAGGGACAGAAUCAGUAGGCCUGGUAUACCUCCACACUAUUCAUAUGCCACUCUACUUCGAUACCUCUGUCUCGUUUCCCGUCCAUGUAAGAUGUUGACAUUUGCUGAUUCAUACAAGUGUUGUGUUGUUCACAAGCUGCUCUCAUCUUUAUACUUUACAAUUUUGUUGUUAAAACAAGACAAACUCAAGAGAGGAGAGUUAAUGUUAUUGAUGAAUGCAUCAGCUGCAACAUGGCUCUAGAAAUAGUCCAUGCACUUGUAAGUUGAUUGCCAAGUCCCCUAAAUUAAAACGUAGCCUAGUAUGCCAGGGAACGUUUCCACCUCCUUUCCUAUAACUAGUGCGGGUGAAGAUGACGACAGUGCGAUAAGAUUUACAAUUUACUUUGUAUUACAGAUUGAAACCUUCAGAUCUAAUACCUGAACUUACUUUGUGUUAACAGGGCAGGGUCCUCAAUUAAUUAAUCUCGAUCGAUCAGAUACGUGGGAUGCGACAGAUCAAGUUGACCUGGCGGGCUCGGUGUGGGUCUCGUUUCAGGUGUUUUCUCUCAAAACUUUUUCUUAGUGGGUUUACAUGAUUUAUACCUCCAUGUGCACUUCCCUGAUCCAUUUUUGGAUCUUUUGGAAUAUUUAAAAUUCGAUCUUCCCUCUUGUGGGUGAAUCUUAUACUCACAAUUAAUGCUGUUCGGAUGUGCCAAUAACUGCUCCAUCAUCCUUCCUUGAAAGGAGACAGCCAUUCCGAGUUGUCAGAAGCAGAACCUUGAUGAAUUCAUAAUAUUUAUAAGAGGCUUCAUCGUAACUUUGAAAAGCAGCACUAGCAAGGCUUCGGGUGUCUCCGCUUUCAUUGUUCAAAUGAAACAAGUUCGUGUGCGCUUCACAAAUACUUAACUUUUGCUGGAAAUGAGCACAUUAUCAAGGCACACAUAACAAGUGCACUUCCGAGUUGCUGAAGUCUCCAGCAUGUCGAAGAAAGUAACCGGACAAGCUCUUACCUUAAAUUCCUCCACAGACUCACCCAACUUGUCAGAAUCUGAUCAAAGCCGGGGUUCCAAUAAUUUAUGUGACUGCAGAAAUUGUUCAGUUCUCUGAUCCUGACCAUUCACCCGUGCCGUAGCGGAUAUUGGUACAGCUUCUUCUUUUGUUGCCGCCUAUGAUUCUUUGGAUUGGAAUUAUCCUCCUUCAUGUAUGACCGUGUGGUCAGCAUGCCGAAAAUAAUUAUGUGAUUUUUUAAAUUAUUUUUUCCCUUUAUGUUCUAAUUAAUAGACGGAGAAGCGUGGUCGCUUGUUUGGUGGCUGGAGCUCUCCAUUGGGACAAAAUACUGUAAUUCCCCGAACCAUGUCUUUCAGAAGUGGCUAUCUUCGUAACUUGUUUGGUGGCUGCUAGAGUUGUUUGUCACUCAUUGCUCCUUGUCAAUGGCUCCAGUUCUAAAGCAUCGGCUGAGAUGCUUUGAGAUUCCAUGUUUGUGUCACGACCCGGAAAUGCUUUGAGAAUCCAGUUCUGAAGGAGCCAGUGAUGAUAUGAACUGAAGGGCCUCCUCCUCUUCCUCCUGCUUCUAGUAUUUAGUUCAACCUCUAAAAACUGCUGAGCUGCUGAGCAAUCUCAACUGUCGAGGUUCGGUUUUGUCUUAUUCCGCUCCCGCCAGCAUCCAUGUAUAUAUCGUACAUUUGUGAAUGUGAAGUUAAAAAGUAA